AUGAAAACUAGGCGUCAAAGGCAAAUUGAGGAGCUAAACAGAUAUCAACAGAUUAAUUUGGCCAAAAAUCAGCAAGAUUCUGCUGAACAAAGUCAAAUAAAUCUACGAUCUUCAAAAAAAUGUUUAUCAACAGAUUCAAAUCAUUCGACAGAUGAUGAAAGUUCACCAAGUAUGCUAUCUGAUUCACAAGAAAAGUAUAAUAUCACAAUAAAAACACAACAAACUCCAAAACCAAAAGAAAAUUUACGAAAAAGAAGAGCAGUAUUAAGAAGUGAUCCAAAAUUAUGCUCACGCAUGAAGCCAAUAAAAUUAUUAGACAAGUCAAAACGAAAAGAAUUCAUUCAAAAAUCUUCAAAAGUUGUUCAAGAGUCAUUAGCAGCGAAUAUGAUGAAAUCAGAGAACCACCAACUUCGUGUUGGUUUCAGUCAAAUGAUGAAAGGACCAAACGACAUCAUUGACACGUGGUCAGAUCUUUCUUCUACAAUGAUCGAUACACUUAUGUUUGAGAAGAGCGAAAUCGAAGGCUGGGGUGUUCGAAGUACAUGUUCCAUCGACAAGAAUCAAAUUGUUGCUGAAUACGUUGGUGAAAUCAUUCGUCCAGUUGUUGCAGACAAAAGACAAGUUUACAACGAGAAACAUGGUAAUCAUGGGACAUACAUAUUCAAACUCGACUCACAAAACUACUUAGAUGCAACACAAAGAGGUGGAAUUGCACGAUUUAUCAACCAUAGCUGCGAUCCGAACUGCAGAUCAGAAUUAGUCACUAUGUCUAAUGGAAGGAAAGCAGUUGUCAUCAUAUCGAACCAAUACAUACCGCCAAAUACUGAAAUUACCUAUGAUUACAAGUUACCAUACGAAAGUCCAGACAAAGCAAUCAAAUGUUUGUGCGGCAGUGAUAAAUGUCGUCAUUAUCUCAACUGGGGAGAUAAUUUAGCAUCAGAAGUAUUACCUUUGAAGAAUAUUCCGGAGAAGAUAUUGAUCACUCUUCUUGAUAAGGAUAUCCUUCCUGCUUCGAUUUUCAAGACUGAAGCAGAACUGAUGAGGAAUCCUAAAUAA